ACAUUUUGUCGUUUCUGACAGUCUUGAAGAUGUCUAGCAGAAGGUCUCGUUCAAGGCAGUCAUCAGGGAGUUCCAGGAUCACAGAUGAUCAGAUCAACGAUCUUGUUUCCAAGUUACAGCAACUUCUACCAGAACUUCGUGAGAGGCAUUCAGACAAGGUAUCGGCAGCUAAGGUGCUACAAGAGACGUGCAACUAUAUUAGGAACUUACACAGAGAAGUGGACGAUCUGACCGAGCGACUAUCUGAGCUAUUGGCCAAUACAGACACCAGUAGUGCCCAAGCAGCCAUAAUUAGGAGUUUACUUAUGUAAUGGAGAGAGAGAUUUGGAGAGAGAGAUUAGUUAGAA